GUAAACAAAAUGGCCACACCGAUAUGUUUGCCACGUCAAGUUUGAAACUAAGAUUUCCCUUCAAAAUAUUUUUUUGGUAAAAAGCAUUUACAUAAAAAUCACAUAUCUUUUAUUAUAUUUUGAAAGCUACAUAAUAUUUUUCUAAUUUUAAGGCCUUGGGUAGUCGAAAUGAAACCUUACAAAUCGUUUCUUUUGUUGCUAACGCACACAGUAACCUGGCUUGUGGGGAUCUGGUCAGUCUGAGUCAGAUCAAUCCUUCAAUCACCGAUAACUGACUGAUACUAUUUGGCAAAUUUGUAAGAUUCGAGUUUGUAGCUAUAGAUUUAUCAGUAAUCUAGCACUUGAGUGUCAACUAUUCAAAAAUCAUGUUUUUUUGUUCAGAAGUGAUAUUUUACAAUUUACAGUACAGUGUACAGGUUAUCAUUUUUGUUUAUUCAUUUGGUACUUUAAUAAAAGAUUCGAAAUAAUUUUUUUAAUAAGACAGUUAUUUAGAGAAAAUUUCAAAUAAAAAAAUGAAACCAGAAUCAACUUUUUAGCUUAAGUACUUUUUGAGCUACGAAUUUUUAAAGUGUGAGUUUGUUUGGUAUUUUUUACUAUGGACGAAACCUCCACAUCUUGUGACAUCAUUCUGCUGAUCGCGUCAUGCGCAAUGACUAUAUAAUUGUUAUAAGUCAACGCAUCCCCUUAUCACUAAAAUACUUUUUAGGGUCGACUUAGUUUAAACUUUCAACUUUGGCACAUGAAUAAUUAAUUAAAACUUUACUUGACCAAUGGUUUAAUAGUUUUCUUAUGAAUGAAACUCUGAUGAGGUAGUACUACGAUACAGCCAUUAUGCAAGUGGCUGUGAAUGGUUGCCAAUGACAAUGUGUUGCACAAGGAAAAUUCUGAUCAUUUUUAAUAUGGACUCUACCGGUACCGUGUUUUUAAAGCUCAAAUUAAAACAUUCCAGUUUAAAUGUCUUCAAAUUGCAUUCUGAAACAAAUUGUCAAAUAUUUUGAUGUAAAUAGUGGUAAUAAUUUAAUAUUUCUUAAGUAUCGACAACUUCAACCAUUAAAAAUUAGACUGAGCGAACUGCAUGACCUGCUGCGAACCCAGGUGCAUAAAAAUGUAGUGAUGCCAUAUCUUUUACUUCAACUUAAUUUUAAUGGUGGAAGUUGCCUUAUAUUCACCUAGGAUUUUCUCAAAGCUGACGGAUUGUAAAUGAAAAAGAAAUUUAUUAAAAUGUAGGCCAAGAUGUCCUCUAAAGCGAAAGGCCGGAAGAGGAACACAAUUCUGGGAUAUAUUAAUUAUUAAAAAUAGUAGUUCCAACAUCAAAAAAUUUAAAACUUGGAUUUUCGCUCGCCGACGCCUAUUUCCCAUACACUUUUUAGUAGUCUCCCUUGCUUCAUCGAAGUACCUACUUUGGAUUUUGUUUACAGUACAGUACGCUUCACUUCAGUACAGCAUGUAAAAUAUAAAUAUAAUAGUUAUAAAUAGUAACUUUAUAGAUAAAUAUGCUUACCAAGACAAAAAUUAUAACAUUAAAACAAAUUUAAGGUCAUAUUACCCUUUACGGGUUCCCUGAGUUUCUUUUGGAUUUUAUUUUCUAUGGAACCUGCAAUUGUAAUCUGUAACUGAAACUUGAAACUGUAAUUAAGUGUGUAAAAGUGUAGGCUAUGUGAUGAAACUGUAAUUUGUGUUUUCCUUAUUUUGAAUAUUUUUAAAAUAAUUUUAAUUCUUAUUUAUGAUUUUCUCAUUACAGUGUGUAACUGUAGCACAUGAACAUUUGGUUUUAUUGUCUAUGUUAAGUUAUGUUAAUGUUAUAGAUUUUAGGUUUGAAGAUUAUGCUUGAGUUAGGAGCGGGUUAGUGGGGGGGACUAAAGUUAGGUUUAAAGGUUAGGCUUGAGUUAGAGGGGACUGAAUUUAAGUUUGAAGAUUAUGCUUCAGUUAGGGAUAUGCUACUGACAUUCGCGUUCAGGACAUAAGCAUUCAGGUAAGGAAGUAGCUUAAACACAUACUCUCCCUUCGCCUCCCUGUUUUUGCCCCCGUCUUUUUUAGUGCAUUUUUUUGACAUGAUUGCCAACUGAUAGGAGACAUCAUGACAACAAAGAUGGCAGCUAUGUCAAGAAAAGAAGUUUAAAAACAUCAUGAUGAAACUGCAUGUUGUAAAGAAGAUUUUCUUCAAUACUGAAGGUUAUGAAGGAACAGUGUGUAAAUUUUACCAAUGCAUAGUGAAAGUAAGAUGAGCGAAUUAGCAACAAUGCUAUUAUACAUAUACUAGAACAUUACAUAGAUGUUUCACUAUGGUGAAGUGGGGGGGGGGGGAGGUGGGUUGUUGAUUUUGUGUGAACAUGUGUUUGUUUUCAAGUACAAUAUAGGUAAUAUCAAUAAUUUUUUCGUUAUAGAACAUUACAUAGAUGUUUCACUAUGGUGAAGUGGGGGGGGGGGGAGGUGGGUUGUUGAUUUUGUGUGAACAUGUGUUUGUUUUCAAGUACAAUAUACGUAAUAUCAAUAAUUUUUUCGUUAUCUAAAUUAAAUUUGUUCCACUGUCGGCUAUAAAAUCAAAAAAGAAAAACAACAAUGAAAACAAAGAGUAAUCUGAACAAAUAGCUUUUAUGAACCGCUUGCUGCAUCCGUUUGAGCAUCCGACAUAAAACAGAUUGUGGUUAAAGAUAUGCGAUAUAUAAUCAAUAAGUAUAUGGGUUUCCAAAGAACUUGACCCUCUUUGUGUCAGGCCCUGCCACAAAAGACAUGACCAAUGCACUUUUACAGUAAAUCUCAAACUUGUAUAUCAUGUAAACAAUUGAAGCUUCUUGUGCCUAGCAAGUAGGGCUAAAUGUGAAUAUUCAUUUUUUUUCUGUGUACAACUCAGCAUUUUCAUAAAUUUUAUCAUCUGAAUUAAGUGAACCUUUUCCUUUUUCUUACUAUUUAUCAACAAUUGGUUAUAUAUCUCGUCAAUUAACUGCAUACCAGGACUAAUAAUUAUAGUGCCCAGGCCAGAAUAAGUAACAUACAUAGCGGCCAUAUUGAGGAAUCAGUUCCACAUUAUUACUUCAUUCAUGUAUGUAAUGAUUUGCAGGCAUAUGUGUAGGCCUAAUUUUAGCCCCCACCACUUGUCUCCACUUUGCUUUGUUUUGUUUUUGAUGUUGACUUCAGGGAUUAAAUGUGCUGUGCCACUCCUUUAACCCACUCCUACCUUGAUUGGGAAAAGGUUUUAUGUUCAUAUAUGUUCUGUUUGUUCUAAAGAAUGCUAUCAGCUGACAGAAUUUGUAAAAUUUGUUUUAUGGAUAUUCUGAUUUAAUCCUUGUCUAGGCCAGCAGUUUUACUAGCAGGGAGAGAUUUUUGCUAUAUUUCCUAAACAUAUAUGAAUCAUUAUAUAAUUGGAAGAUUGUACACUGUAUGUGUGUGUGUAAGUAAAUUAUUAUUUGUAUUCUUUGAGGAUUGUGCCUUUUCAGUUGAUGUUUCUGUAUAUUUUAUUACAGACAUUAAAUAAUAUAAUUAAAUUCAAUAUCUUUAGUAUCACUUAUUGUGGUAUUCUUUUCUUUGUAUACCAGAACUAGUUUUCAGUCCUUUGUUACAUAUUGCUCAUUCUACGAGUCAAAUCUUAACACAAUUGAAAAUUUCAAAACCAUAUUACAGUACAUAACACAGUACCGGUACCAUUACCAUUAAAAUGUUAAAUACCUACUAUGAAAAAGAAAACAAUGUAUUUCAAAUGUUUUAAAAAUAUGAUUAACAAUGAAUGAAAAAUUAUCUUGACAAUUUUCAGGAAAUAAAUAUAAAGAGCACUGUGGCAGUCAAGUUAAAUGUAUUACAUUUUACAUGGGAAACCAAAUCCUCACUUCAUGGUUUUCAUCAAUCUGCCUCUUAGUAUUUAUAACCAUGGCUCUUCAAAAUGUCUCUCAUCCCAUUCAAACUUGUAUUCCCGUCAGUGGGGUAGCUAGGGUUAUUGCCAACGGGGGUGGGCAAGGAUUUUUCCAUUAAAAAAUUCUGCAUUUUGCCAAAAAUUUCCCCCUCCAUAAAAAGUGCUGUGAGAGGCCAACCUCCACCUCCCAACUUUUAUUCCUGUGCCACCAAUUCUGGUACCGGUACGCCUUGUUUUUUGUUUUUACAAUAUGCACACAAAAAUCUUUUAAAAAAUGAUAAACACCAAACCUACUAAACAAUUGAGAAAUCCAUACGGAGAUAUUGCCAAAUUUUCAUUUUUGCUUAUUAAAUGUCGAAAGAAAUAAUGAUCAAACACAAUAAUCAAACAUUAUUGAAAGAUCGAAGUGGUAACUCCAGUUAUUCAACCAAAUAUACAUGGUUCCAGAACUUAUGUAUUAAUAGUCUUGUGGGAUACACAUCAUUUGCAAAAAUCAAACAGUGCUGUUCAAAUGCAGUGCAAAAACACAGAAAACAUGGCAUCAAAACACAAACCAAAAAUACCCUGACCCAACAAAGCAUGGCUUUUAUAUUUGAUUUAGACUUUGUUCAUUUUAGGCCCCUUUUGUGUAUAAGAGGAAUCACGGUGCAAAAUUUUAAUUUCAUAAGGCUUGUUCUUGAGAUCUCGUUCGUGAUGAGUAAGUUUGAUAAUAUAAGCCAAAAAUAUAGGACUUAUAAACUUUCCGAUUCAUUAUCAACAGGCCUAAGUUAUUAUCAAUAAAUCAGCAAAGUAAAAGUAAGGUCUUUUAUUUUUAUGACACUAAGAGUGCAUGAUUUGUGACAGCUUGUUUUAAAAGACACCUCCUAUAAUUUACCCAAGUACUAAAGUUAAGAUUGUCUAUGAUCUAUCUUGUAACCAUUUAAGACUACUAAAAACUAAGUAAGGACUGUUUCUAAACUUGCAUUACACAUCAUUAACAGCAUUUUAUUAGCACCUGCACAACUCCAGUAUAUAGGAAGAUUAGCAAAUUUUAGCUCUUUACUUCAACUUAUAGGCCAAGUAGUUGUUAAAAAAUAAUCUUUUUAUAUUUGUAAAAUGAUAGUAGAAUAAAUGCAAGUAGCUGUACAAGGGACCAGGGUAGGGUUAGAACAAUCAUUUCGAAUAAUUAACAAUUGUAACUGUUAGUCCUUGCUAACUAUUACGGCAUGUUUUUCUUUUAGACCUGUUAAUUUGAAAUGGUCGAAAAGACCUUUAAAGAUUUUUUUAAUGAAAUAGUAGAACAAGGUAUGUGGAAGCUUGAGUCAAAAGACGGGACAAUAAGAUGUGAAUGUUUCGACUUGGAGUCUUCUUCAGCAAACAGGACAAAUGAAAAUACGUUAAGAAACAGAGCGCAGUAAAAAACGUUAGAGAUCUUCUUUGCUGUGAGCGGAAACACAAUUUCCCUAAAGUUAAAAAAAAAGUUGGUUUUAAUUGUUUUAGUAAAAUUAAGGAAAUAUGUUAUUUUUUAUUAUUUAUUUAUAUGUAUCAAAGGAAAUAUUUAAUCAUUGUAUUUCUUACAUUUUGUAUUCCACAGGUAAAUUUUCCAAAGAAGAGCAUUAUGUUGGGUCAGGCAUCUAAAGUGAUAUAGGGUGAAGAAGAAGCAGACUUUGUAGUAGUAGUACUUGGGAGCAGGACUGCAGGAGAAAAUGUUGACAAAGCCCUCUCGUAUUAUUGCCCUCUGCUCAGUGGCAAACUUUAUCAAUUCAGCAGACAGGGUAAUCAUGCCGAUAGCAAUUGUCUCUAUGGCUCAAGAGUUUAGAUGGGACUUGCAUCAGCAAGGAUGGGUGCACAGUGCUUUUGCUAUUGGAUAUAUGAGUAGCCAGGUAAAGCUUUUAUGAUCAGCAACAUAGCAGACUUGCUGAUAUGAGUUGUUUUGAUUAAUUGUUAAUAAUGAAUGUAAUAAAAACUGAGUCUUUUGAUUCUUUCAAGUAAGUUUUCUGUCAGCUCAUGUUAUAUUCAUUCUGUGAUUUUUAAAACCAAAAAUGCCACUACACUUGUUGAAUUUUAAAAUUUUUGUAACAACCAUCUUCUAUUUCACUAGGUUCUUGGAGGGAGUGCUUCCAAAAAGUAUGGAGGCAAGAGGGUUUUGAGUCUUGCUGUAAUCCUGUGGUCUCUGUCAACAUUUUUGGUGCCCUUGUUCGCUCACUCUUUGUACAUGUUAAUCCUUUCCAGAGUCAUUCUGGGAUUAGGGGAAGGCUUAGGUAAUUUCUCACCUUACAGUACACAUAAAGAUUGUUUUAUGAAAAGUUGUGACCCUUAAUUUCAGAAAAUGACCUGAUUAUGACCUGAUUAUUAUUUUUAGGUCUAUUAGUCUUUAAUAGUUACAGCUGUUUAUACACAAAUACAUAACUGUGGUCUCUUAUUUGGUAAAAAAAGUUAUGAAUAAUACAUGAUUAGUAUUGGACAAAUGGGGUUAAAGGAGUGUGGGGUGGUGGUAAUUUUGGGGAAAUUUUCAAACUCAAUAGUUACAAGAAGUUAUGAUGGCCAAAAGAUGCAACACAGCUGUUAUUUAGGCCCAUGUCUGAUGAAAAAUGUGUUUGUGAGAAUCCUUGUGUAGAAUAUACCUAAGUAUGUACUAUUUGGUGAGUCGAAUUUCUAAUAAUUUGAAUUAUUUUUUUUUCUCUACAGGACUUCCUACCAUAUUUCACAUAUUUUCCCAUGCAAUUCCUUCUGAAGAACGAUCAAGGGCUUUUGGAUAUCUGGUAGCGCUUGGCUCUGUAGGACAGACAGUUGCUUCUGUGGUAUGUCAAAACUACCUAUUCAAAAAAUUCUUAAUAUAAAAAUAAAAAGUUGAUAUAGCUACAUUUGAAAUAUCAAACUACAUUCUUAAAGAUGUAAUUCUUUGACAUUUUUCAGUCAGUCUUUGAUAUUGCAUUCUUAUGUAGAAGUAGAAUCCAUUGAAGUGAAUUAUCAUUCUGCAGCCUGUUUUUUUAAUCUCAAUGUUUUUCUUUCUUUUUCUAUUGCUGUUUUAAUUAAGGAUGUAAUAAUAGGAAUUCCUGUUGAUCUGUUGUGAAACUGAUAAUCAAUUGUUUAUUUUUAAUUAUUUGUUUGUCCUUUUCAAACUUUUUGAAUCCAGAAUUAAAAAAAUAAAUUAUAUUUAUAAAUCGCUUUUCCAUAAAAAAAAUUAUUAAAAUCCCUAGUUUUGACCAUGUGUAGAUAGCAGUUUUGGAUCACUGUAAUCCAGUGACACUGAGCAAAAAAAUUGAUUAUUUUUUAACAAUUACAAACAUUUUUUCUUUCAGUUUGAAUUGUGCUUUAAAACUUUACCAUGUUUAACAAGAUGUUAAGCUGGUGUAGAGUGAUCAUUCUUUUGAGUGAUAUUAAAUAAUGCAAAUUUAAAUGAAACAAUAAAUUAUUUUAUCUGUAUGUCCCCAACAGGUGUGUCCCCACCUUCCAUGGCCUUGGAUGUUUUACCUAUUUGGGUUGAUGGGUUUCUUGUGGGUUGGGAUUUGGUAUACAAUGUAUGCAGAAUCCAGAGGAAUACUGGAAGAGGAGUUUGUUGAGCCCCCAAAGGUGAGAUAUUGCUUAGAUAAUUUUAAAAUUCUGUCUGAUGUCACUGAUAAUUAUCAUGCAGUUAUAGUUCAUGGGGACAUCUUGCUUUUAAGAAAAAAACUACACUGAAAAGGCUGAACAAUUUCCAUAGUUUUAAUUUGAGUUAAAUUUAAGUCUUUGCAUCAAGCUUUGAGUUACUGAAUUUAACUAAACUGGUAAAAGUUUUUUUAAUACAUUUUAUUUUAUUGAAAUAAUUGUUUUAAAACAAAAUUCUUUAAUAUUAUCUAAACCAAAGUUGCUUUUUUUUAAUUAAAGAAAUCAAAACUGUGGAAAUUUUGUGUUGUAAAGGUAACAAAAAUCAUAUUUGGGCUUUAAUAUUUAAUUUCAAAAUUAGGGCAUUUUAUCCAAUUACAAGAAGAAAAUAAUUUUUUUUGGAUUAAAUUAUAACCUGUGAACCAAAAUGUUGCAAUCUGAGUCUUACCAUCUUCAUUACGAUUUCUCCAAAUCAUGCUUACACUUGAUUGCUUUACAGGUGAACAAUUCCAAUGUUAGGUGGAUGGAUUUUAUCACUCACUGGCCACUGUGGUCCAUAUACAUUGCCCACUUUAGUAUGAACUGGUCCAACUAUAUUGUUAUGCAGUGGCUCCCUACUUACCUGUCAUCAACACUUGGAGCAAACCAGUCACACAUGAUGUUGACUGCAGUGCCUUAUAUUAUGAAUUCCCUUGUUAGUGUGGGUAAGUUCCCAUUCCAUCUUCAUCUCUUGCUCUUUUUCUACCUAUCAAUUUUGCAUUGGCAAUAUUUUAUUUGGUAAGAAAUGGAUUAUAUUAAAUCAGAUUUUUUUUUAAAUUGAAAGUUUGAAUAUCUCUUGUUAACAUAUAUAUAAGAAUGAGCUAGAGUCACAUAACGCCAAAAGGGAGAUACUAUUUAAGUACAUUCGGAUUCCUAAAAACAAUCAAAGUUAUUUUCUAUUAUUUUACGGAAAUUGAAUAAAUUUAAAUGUGCAAAAAAUAUUUAAAAUCCACUUUUAUUUUCGUAAAAGUUGAAAUUGUAUUAUUAUAAAUUACAAAUACAUUUAAAGUAUCGACUAAGGUAUUAUUGUAAGCAUUUUAUAUGCGCUUGAAAGGUAUGGAAAAAAAAAUAUAUUAAAAAAAUAUGUUCAAAGAAAUUCACUGUAAUCACAUUAAUCAGGAAAACCCAAACAUCGGCCGUUUUAAGUGCGUCUUUUAGUGCGUUGUUAACAUUACAAAAUAAAAUUUUAAAUUAAUUUUUUCUAAAUAAUCAGGCAAAUGAUGUCAUAGCAGGAAUAGCUUAUUUCUCCAAAACUCUUAGGUUUCUUUAAAUUUACUAACCGUGAGUGACAAAACUGAUACGGUAUUUUCUCUUCUUAAAAGUAAAAUUAAUAAAUACAAUUGAUUGCUUUUUAAAUUGUUAAUAAAACAGACACACAUUUCUGCUGUGUAUAUUAACAUUAAAAAGUUUUGCCUUUUUUUAGUCCAAAAAUAUACAUUUAUUAAAAUUAUAACGUAAUAAAAACUAAAUAUAGGAUAAAUAACCUUUAAAUAUAAUCUUAAUAAGAAAAUGCGGUUUAAGUCAAACAGUGCAGCGCAACUCCAUAGCCAAAUAGCAUUGACUAAUCAACUUAUAACUAAAACAAAAAAGAACGAACCAUAUGAAGUGCAAAUUAUUUUCGUUUGGGAAUGGAAGGGACUACAUUAACUACAAAAUUUUUGUCCCUGGCGUACAGCUGCAUAGAUGGCUCAGCACCGGAAUAUCUCAAGGAACACAGUUCUUACUGAGUGUUCCUAGAGUGGAUGAACACAGAAAAAAGUCUUACGGAAUGCGCUCUUUUGAAGCGAUAGUGCCAAAAUUAUGGAACAGUUUGCCUCAAUCUUUGAGGGGGAUUGUAAAUGAUAAAAAAAAACAUUUAAGAAACAAUUAAAACCUUUUUUGUUUCAAUAGAUUUCGGAGGACCAGAGCGCAGUGAGCAUGCUAAAGUGGCAUGGAUACCAGCGCGAUAUAAAUAUCAAAUCAAAUCAAACAUUCCAGUAGAAGAUUUUUCUAAAUUCAUUUAAAUCUGGGUGGGGUAGGGUUUGGUUACUUUGCCCCAGGCAGCACAAGAUACGUCUCAAAAUAAAGUAAUGAAUUUGAUAAAUAAUUAACCUUUUUGGGAACAUACAUUUCAGAGGUAGGAAAUAGUAUGCGUACAUUUUCCCGUGGAUGACAAUAUAUUUAAAUCCUAUGGUAUUACAUUUGGGAAAAAAGAGAUGUUACAUUCUCUUUUUACAAAUAUGUGUAUGUUCAUUUUGCUCAAGGCAGAACAAGAUACGUCUAAAAAAAUAAAGGAAUGGUUUGAUAAAUAAUUAAUUUUCAUGGGUAAAUACAUGUCGGAGGUAGGAAAUAGGAUGUAUACAUUUUCACGUGGAUGACAACAUAGUUAACUCCAAUGGUAUUAUAUAUGUGAAAAAAGAGAUGUUAUUCUCUCUUUUUACAAAUAUACUUAUGUUUACCAAUUAAGAAGAUCAACAGCGUUAACAAAUCUUGGGUACAUUUAUAUAAGUAUAACCAUGAAUAUCAAAACCCAAUCAUUUUACAUACUUGAAAAAUCAAUUUUAAAAAAUAGGGAUCAGUUAAUAUUUACUUUAAAAAAAUUAAAAUACAUUUUGUUUUUACUUUGCAAAAAGUAAAGAGAUUUUUAUUUUAUGAGAUUAAAAGUUUAAAUUUAAAAAAAACAAGAAGACUCAUCAAAUCUGUUUUAGAUGUGAAAAAAGGUUGCGCGAUUCUUCUUCAAUAAAAGAAUUCUUUGUUUUACCAUUUUCUGAAAAUAUAUAACUUUAAAAAAAAAAGGCAAAAAAUGUGUUUAAAUUUUUGCUGAAGAUAUCAAUAUAUAUCGAAUUCCUAUAAUAUAAAAUAUUUUUAUAUCAUAUAUAGAGUUUUUGGUGUAAAUUUAAGGCAAGUUUUUUAAAACAAUUUUUAGAGAAAAAAAAGUUGUAAUUCAAGGGCACGAAAAGGGGUAAAUCUAAAGUAUUUCUCUAACGUAGUAAUUGUCCCUCAAUUAACUUCUUUAGUGACAAAAGUGAUAUAAUUAGUAAUAAUUUAGACUGUGUAAUUUAAUGGCAUGUUUAGAGAAGGAAAAAGUAGUUUAGGAGCGUGAAAUGGAGUAGGGUAGGCCUAUAAUAUAUAGCAGAUAAAUUCUUCUCAAAACGUAAUGACGUUAGAAACGUAAAUAUUAUUACAUUUUUAAAGUUAUAAAUUGUGAUGAGUUUUUGCAACAGCAGUUAGAAAUUAUCGCAUGGGAUCUACCAUUAUUAACCCAAUAACACAUCGGGUCAUUUAUUCUAGUUUUCUAAGAAUAAAAAUAUAUCACUUUGGGUGGUAUUAGAAAGUAUUAGAAACAUUUAAUUCACAAAUAAGAGUUUGCAGUAUAUAUAAUUGAACUGUCUUAAUCAUUACAUUAGCCCUGUAUUACAUUUAUAAUACUGAAUUGAGUUUAUGAUAACAUUCGCCCUGUAUGACAUAUAUAAUAAUGAAGUGAUUUUAUCAUUACAUUUGCCCCGUAUUACAUGAAUAAUACUGAAUGAGUUGAACUGAGUUUACAAUAGCCAUGCAUUUCAUAUCUCGGAUUUUUCAUAUUAGUGGCUGCUCAUUUUGCGGAUGCUCUGAUUGCCCACAAAUGGACAGUUUUGUCUGUUCGCCGCCUUAUGACAUCCAUUGGAUUGCUGGGACCUGGUCUCUUUAUCUUAUUCUUCAGUGCUGUAAAUAACCUGCACAUAGCUGUUUUGUAAGUAAAUGCCAUGCCAUGCAACAUAUUUCAUUAAAAUACCUGUUUAUAUUAUAUUUUGUUAGGUUUUCAUGUUCAACUAUUGAACUAUCAGAUUUAAAUGAACACAAAAAAUGUAUUCCAGCUUUCUUGACAAUUACCAAAUGAGGCUUUAUGAUGUUUUCAGUUUGUUUUCAUCAUAACAGAGUGAACUAUGAACUAUGUACUAUUUAGUGUAGAGUUUUUUGACUGUGGAACUGCUUUACAAUUCAUUGACAUGCCAACUCGAUGCAAUGGUGUUAUUUCUGUUCAAACACACCUGAGAAAUAAAAUAAAAAGUUAUAAGCAAACUUUCUCAAAGCAUCAGCUGGAGGGUUUGGUUACUUACUAAUCAGAAAUAAUAAACACAAUAUAAUUUUUUUAUUUUGUUUCUGUGGGGAAUAAGUUUUCAUUUUUUCGUAUCAAAACUAUUGUACCUAAUAUAUUUAUUUUUGUUGUUAAUUGUUUUUGAAACUGUUUUUGUUUUGUUUUUUAGCUUUGUGUCCAUAUCACUUGGCUUGAGUGCCUGCAACUCCUCUGGUCAUCUCAGUAAUCAUGCUGAGGUGGCACCUAACCAUGCUGGAAUCACCUUUGCUAUUUCCAAUACUCUUGUAAGUGCUCCACAUUUCUGUAACCUGAUUCAUUUGGGAUGAUUAUAGUCUAGGCUUUAUCAAAAUAAACAUUUACAUUUCAAUUUUAAUUUAGAAAAUGAAUUUGACUAGGAUUCUAGUAUUUAUCUUAGUUUUUAGUGCACACCUCUUUUUUAAGAUGUUAGUUUCUUGCUUGUAGUAGUUGAAUUUUUAAACAACUACCAUCUGUGUCUGUCCCAGCAAUACAAUUUUCAUCAUUUUAACAUUGAAUCUUAAAAUUAUUUUAUCAUCUACACUAGGCUACAAUUCCGGGCAUAUUGUGUGGUCCUUUAACUGCUGAACUGGUCACACAAUCCCACGGCAGGUGGCUUCCUGUUUUUGUUAUUGCUGCCGGCGUGAACUUUGUUGGAGCUGUUAUUUAUCUCAGCCAGAGUGCUGCCAGUCAAGUCUUGUGAUAUUAGCAAUCAGAUCCGUCGUCAUGGAAACAUCAAGCUUUCAAAGGGUUGUACACAUGAUUUCUAUAUAUUUUUUUUUUUACAGUGGUAUGCAUAGAUGGUGUUUAUGUGUCACCGCAGUCACAUCCCCUGGCCUAUUUGACCUGAAAAACAAAUUUGCUUGAUCCCUUGGGACAGAGAUAAAGAACGAUUGAUUUUCAGUCUUUGAAUAGUCACACUAAAUAGUAGAGCAGGGCGCUUGGAACAGCUAAAUUCAACUAGUCACUUGUUACAAAUAUUUGUGUAAAGGCACAUAUACAUGUUGACCGGGGGUGUUUCUAAAGGUUCCACGAGACCCAUGCUAAAUGUCCUGAAACGUUAUUGAAUCUUUCUUUUGUGAGAAAACUAAUUAAAACACAACAUCUUUGAGUGGUAUAUAAAUGCUAUUGCUUCAGUAGUUGAAGUGCUUAUGAGAAGUGAUUUCCUUUAAUCUUAAGUUAAAACUUUAAACCUUGGAAGUGAUCACCUUUUCUAGAUUAAAGGCGGAUAAGUACAGGGAUCUCCAAUACUAAUACUUAUAAAUACAUCUAUCAUCUAUCUAAUCCAUCCAUCCAUCCAUCCAUCACCCCCAUUGCGAUGAAAUGAAGCCCUGCUUAAAAAACAGGUAAUGAGAUCAAUGGUUUGGAUAAAAUUAUACAACUCACUAUAAUUUCUUCAACAAGUUUGGUCAAGAAAUGAUUUUAUCAGAGUUAAGCUGUCAAGUUAAUCUAUUAUGAUUAUGAAUUUUUAGAUUUAGAAUUUUGGAGCAGGCUGUGGCUGCUUUUUUAUUGAAUUAAAAUUACAAUUGUUUGAGAAAAUGUUGGUAUCAAGACUACUGUAAAUGUUACAUUUAGGUAGAAUGUUGGAUAAAGAUAUCAUUUUUUUUCACUGAAAAUUCACUAAACCCGAAUGCUUCAUAAAUUUUAAUGUUAUGCAUCUGCAUAAAGAGGUUGGUGUGUUCUAAUGUUCAAGUGGGGUGUGUUAGUUCUAACUAACCCAGUGUUUUGUUUUAACAUCCCAUUCAAGCGUGGAUCCAGUGUUCCUUGAUGCCAUCAUCUAGAGCUGUUUAUGUUGCACAAAGAGCAUUCACUUCUAUGGUGUGUGUGCUACAUUCAAUGCUUUCCAUGUUUUAUUUGUGUGCAAAACUUGUUGUUGCCCUCAAAUCUCUGUGCAGCUUCAAAUUUUUCUAAAACAAAACCUCUCUAUUGUUGAAUUCAUGAAAUAUAAAGAUUUGAACUUGAUUAUAAACCACAGAAACCAUUAUCAAACAUGAUUGUAAAUGUAAUUAUUAGUACCCUUGCCAUUAUCCAUGAUAUUGAAAAUUAUUUGCGUUCUCUACAAAAGGUUUAACAUUUACAUUGCAACUGGUGCUCCGGGGACAGCUUAGAGCUCUGUGGGCAUGUCUCAGGGGCUGCGCAACUGCUCCAGGAAACUCCUUAAGACUAUUAACUCUAAGAAGUGGGUUGACCUAAGGGGCUCCCCAUAGAAAUUGAUCUAAAAAGAGGCUCCCUCAGUCAAAAAAAUUGGGAGAACCACUGGCAUAGUUCAUUUUAAAUGCGGCAUUAUGGGUAUGUUAACUUGACAAUAAAUGACUCUGUUGAUAUGACCCCAAGAUCACUUUUUAAAGCAAAUACAAGUUUUUAAUGUACUCAAGACCAAGGUUGCGACUGAUUGUACGCUAUGUCUGUAACCAAAGAAAACUUGCCAUGAUUUCACAACAAAACACGUACCCCUUAAACUAUAUUUUAUGUUGUUGGCCAUAUGUAUUCUGUCGUACAUGAAAAGCCAUUUCAAAUUGAAGCUCUAGAUCUAGUGUAGUGAUUGUAUUUUGGGUAUACUUAUCUGGUCACAUUUUAUGUAAAUAUUUCAUAUAAAAAAAAAAAUUUGCAAUGGUCAAAAAGUUUGUGAGUCAAUUUCUCCUGUGGGCUUGGUAAAAGCGUGUGCUUUUGGAAAUAUUCAUUGUUUUUUUUUAAAUAUUCAUUGUUUUGGAAAUAUUCAUUGUUUUUUUUGAAAUAUUCAUUGUUUUUUUUGAAAUAUUCAUUGUUUUGGAAAUAUUCAUUGAAAUUAUUUACCAGUUCUCUUCUC